AUCAAAUGGAGAACACUUCGUCCCCUUUCCCUCUGGAUAACUCCUCCCUCUCUUCCUCUUUUCUCUCCCUUUGUCCCACUUUCACCACCCUCUUCUUCCUCCCCUCUGCUUACACCUUCCUCUUCCUCACCGCUCUCCCAGGAAACAUCCUCUCUUUGUGGGUGUUUCUCCGCUGUAUCUCCACCGUCUCCCCCACCCACGUCUACCUGUCUCACCUGAGCAUCUCCAACCUGAUUCUAUCGCUCACCACUCCCUUCCUGGCCGCUUACUACGCGUGGGGCUCUGAUUGGACGCUGAGCAGCGCUCUGUGUCAGCUGGUUCUUCACGGCAUCACCCCGAUUCUGCACAUCAACAUCUACAUCAGCAUCAUGAUCCUCACCUGGGUGGCGCUGAGCCGCUUCGCCUCCCUCAUACAGCACACCCACGCCUCCAGACCCAAUCGGUGCAUCGCCUUCCUUCCUCACGGUUUCUUCGCCCGCCUCAAGAAAACGUCCUUCGCCAACAGAGUUUGCAUCGUCGUGUGGUCGGUGGCUAUCGGAUGCGUGGUACCCGUCACCGUUAUUUACUCCGUGAAGGAAGUGGUGAGCGUGAACAAAGCUGUUGGUGGAUGUACGGAGGUUUGCUACAGCCCAACGGUGGAGAUCGGAGGAAGACUUUCUGCUGGUUUGGCCAUGAUCGUGAUUACUGUGUUCUUCCUCUUCUACCUGCUGGUUCUGAUGUCUUAUAUGAUGGUUCUGAGGCAUAUUGGGCGAUCAAGGAAAAGCACGAACGUCACUACGUCCCGAGGUCUGCUGGGGAGGGUGCUACGAAACAUCGUGGUCAUACAGGUUGUUCUCUCGGUUUGUCUGCUGCCGUAUCACAUCUACAAACCCAUCUUCAUCUCUCUGGCUAACGAUCAACGACAGCUGAGAUAUUUACCGGGACCAAACAUCUGUAAACAGUGCCAUCCAUUCUACAUCUUAGUCGAG